CCUCCACCAGCCCACAGACUGAGCCGUUCGCACUCGCGUGUUUUCCCCGCGGCCCGGAAACAUAGUAUGACCAUUAGGUGUUACGUCUCCCAGCCAUUUUCUAUGGAAAACCAAAGAGAUCAGAUCAUGAUUGCCACUGGCAGCUUUGAAGAAUGGGACGUCUUUAGAGAAGCUUGAUCUUGGAGGCCUCAUCGUGAGACCUUACAAGUCCGGAUUCCGGCAGAGUUUCUCCAUCUCGUCUUGUUGCUGACUGAAAGUGCCCCCUUCUCCUAUUUUCCAUCCCCUGAGAGGUAACAGGAAAUCAGAGUCAUGGUUGGGUUCAAGGCCACAGAUGUGCCUCCAACUGCCACUGUGAAGUUUGUGGGGGCUGGCACAGCUGCUUGCAUUGCAGAUCUCAUCACCUUCCCCUUGGAUACUGCUAAAGUCCGGCUGCAGAUCCAAGGAGAAAGCCAGGGGCCAGUGCGGGCCAUGGCCAGCACUAAGUACCGUGGCGUGCUGGGCACCAUACUGACCAUGGUGCGCACGGAAGGCCCCCGCAGCCUCUAUAAUGGGCUGGUUGCCGGGCUGCAGCGCCAAAUGAGCUUCGCCUCAGUCCGCAUCGGCCUCUAUGAUUCGGUCAAGCAGUUCUACACCAAAGGCUCUGAGCAUGCUGGCAUCGGUAGCCGCCUCUUGGCAGGCAGCACUACAGGUGCUCUGGCUGUAGCUGUGGCCCAGCCCACAGAUGUGGUAAAGGUCCGGUUCCAAGCUCAGGCCCAGGCUGGAGGUGGCCGGAGAUACCAGAGCACUGUGAAUGCCUACAAGACCAUUGCCCGGGAGGAAGGGAUUCGAGGACUCUGGAAAGGGACCUCUCCCAAUGUGGCACGUAAUGCCAUUGUCAACUGUGCUGAGCUGGUGACCUAUGACCUCAUCAAGGAUACCCUCCUGAAGGCCAACCUCAUGACUGAUGACCUCCCUUGCCAUUUCACUUCCGCCUUUGGGGCAGGCUUCUGCACCACCAUUAUUGCCUCUCCUGUCGAUGUGGUCAAGACGAGAUAUAUGAACUCUGCCCUGGGCCAGUACAGCAGCGCUGGCCACUGUGCCCUUACCAUGCUCCAGAAGGAGGGACCCCGGGCCUUCUACAAAGGGUUCAUGCCCUCCUUUCUUCGCCUGGGAUCCUGGAACGUGGUGAUGUUCGUCACCUAUGAGCAGCUGAAACGGGCCCUCAUGGCUGCCUACACUUCCCACGAGGCUCCCUUUUGAGCCUCUGCUGCUCACUUCCGCUUUGGCCCCUCCCAGGCCCUGCUUUGCUUUUCCUCCUUCCCUUCCCUC